CUCGUCGCAUACCACCUUACUUCGAGUAUUAGUCCACUUCAGUGGCUUCGCAGCGAACGAAGCCGGAGAAAGUAAAAGUCGAGGCAGUCGACUGAGAAAUGGAUCAGAGGUGACCAUGAAGACAGAUUACAAGUUCUCCAAUUUACUGGGAACAGUUUACUGCCAGGCCAACCUUCUGUUCAGCCCAGACGGAACCUAUCUUUUCUCCCCCGUCGGCAACAGAGUGACCGUGUUCAAUCUUGUCGACAACAAAUCCUACACCCUCCCAUUUUCUCACCGAAAGAACAUCUCGAGGAUAGGUCUUACGCCCCAGGGCAACUUGCUCCUCUCGGUUGACGAAGAUGGCCAAGCUAUCUUGACCAAUGUGCCACGGCGCAUUGUUCUGUACCAUUUUUCCUUUAAGUCCGCUGUGACAGCUCUUUCUUUCUCGCCAUCUGGGCGUUAUUUCGUGGCAGGGGUAGGCCGGAAAAUCGAGGUCUGGCAUGUGCCUUCAACUCCGGAUUCGAAUACCGAAGGCGGCCUCGAGUUUGCACCUUUUGUGCGCCACCAUACCCAUACGUCGCACUUCGACGACGUUCGCCACAUUGAAUGGUCUAGCGACUCGCGAUUCUUCCUCAGCGCCUCCAAGGAUCUUACGGCGAGGAUAUGGAGUCUAAACGCAGAGGAAGGGUUCACGCCGACAGUUCUAUCGGGCCAUAGGCAGGGGGUUAUGGGUGCUUGGUUCUCCAAGGACCAAGAGACGAUAUAUACAGUCAGCAAAGACGGCGCCGUUUUCGACUGGCAGUAUGUCGCCCCACCCAACCAAGACGACGACGAAAUGCAAGACGAUGAAUCGGACUUGCAGUGGAGGAUUGUCAACCGGCACUAUUUCCUCCAGAAUAGCGCUACACUCCGGUGUGCCGAUUUCCACCCAGAGUCAAACUUGCUCGUGGCAGGCUUCUCCAAUGGCAUCUUUGGGCUAUACGAGAUGCCCGACUUCAACAUGAUCCACACGCUCAGCAUCUCCCAAAACGAGAUUGACUUUGUCACUAUCAACAAGUCUGGAGAGUGGCUAGCUUUUGGGGCAUCCAAACUCGGCCAGCUACUUGUGUGGGAGUGGCAGUCCGAGUCCUACAUCCUCAAGCAGCAAGGUCACUUCGAUGCCAUGAACUCGUUGGUGUACUCGCCUGACGGUCAACGCAUCGUCACUACAGCUGACGACGGCAAGAUUAAGGUGUGGGAUAUAGAAUCGGGGUUCUGCAUCGUGACCUUUACCGAGCACACAAGCGGCGUUACAGCCUGCGAAUUCGCGAAGAGAGGCAGUGUUCUCUUCACGUCAAGUUUAGACGGAUCAAUCAGAGCAUGGGAUCUCAUUAGAUACCGGAACUUCAGGACUUUCACAGCUCCAGAGCGGUUAUCUUUCUCGUGCAUGGCGGUGGACCCAAGUGGCGAAAUCGUUGCAGCAGGCUCGAUCGAUUCGUUCGAGAUACACAUCUGGUCUGUCCAGACCGGACAGCUUCUUGAUCGGCUGUCUGGACAUGAAGGGCCAGUGUCGUCGCUUGCAUUUGCGCCUGACGGUGGGCUCCUGGUCAGCGGCAGUUGGGACCGGACAGCCAGGAUAUGGUCUAUUUUCAACCGGACACAAACCAGCGAACCCCUGCAGCUUCAGUCGGACAUCCUCGACAUUGCAUUCAGGCCCGACUCUCUACAGAUAGCGAUAUCAACCCUGGACGGUCAACUGUCGUUCUGGGCCGUGUCGGAGGCUGAGCAGGUUUCGGGUCUGGAUGGUCGGCGCGACGUUUCUGGAGGGCGGAAAAUCACAGACCGCAGAACUGCCGCCAACGUGGCAGGAACGAAAAGCUUCAAUACUAUCCGGUACAGCACGGACGGGAGCUGCCUUCUUGCAGGCGGAAACAGCAAGUACAUUUGCUUGUACUCGGUCACUACCAUGGUUCUUCUCAAGAAGUUCACAGCCAGUGUCAAUCUGUCGCUCUCGGGAACUCAAGAGUUCCUCAACAGCAAACUUCUCACGGAAACAGGACCCGCUAGUCUUCUUGACGACCAAGGCGAGGCAUCUGACCUUGAGGAUCGGAUAGAUAGGUCACUACCUGGCUCAAAGCGGGGCGAUCCUUCGGCAAGAAAAAGAACGGCGGAAGUAAGAGUAAGCAGCGUGGGUUUCUCACCGAGUGGGACGUCUUUCUGCGCCGCUUCUACAGAAGGACUAUUGAUUUACAGCCUCGACAAUACCAUCCAAUUCGACCCCUUUGACCUGAACAUGGAGAUCACCCCGGCAUCGACUCUCGCGGUGCUGCAGCAGAAGGACUACCUCAAAGCCCUCGUCAUGGCUUUCCGCCUGAACGAGGCGGGCCUAAUCCAGCGCGUCUUCCAGGCCAUUCCAUACACAGAUAUCCCGCUCGUGGUGGAGCAGUUCCCGACCGUGUACGUGGCCAGGCUCUUGCGUUACGUUGCCGCUCAGACAGAGCAGUCACCGCACGUUGAGUUUUGUAUGCUGUGGAUCAAGGCGCUGGUGGACAAGCACGGCGCAUGGUUGACUGCCAACCGAGGCAAAAUUGAUGUUGAACUCCGCGUCGUGGCUCGCGCCGUGGCCAAGAUGAGAGACGAUAUCAGGAGGCUCGCGGAUGACAAUGUGUACAUGGUCGACUACCUGCUUGGCCAAGCUGGGGGUGACAAGGCGGGGCCCGGAGAGGGCAACGCCAAAAUGCUCGAGUGGACAGCGACGACCAACGAGAAAGACGUCGAGGUCAAGGCUCUGCCCUCGUCCACCAAGGAACUGGACCUGAACGGCAUCUUCAAGGGCGACGCCGUGGUGGAAAACGAGGAUGAGUGGAUUGGCUUAGAAUAAGCGACUUAAGGAACAAAAAUAAAUACGGAUACAUGACUUUGAUACCAUUUUGACGGCCCCCCGGUUUGGUUUUCAGAUUCUGCUUGGACGAAGUCAUUGUUUCUCCCAUCUGCCGUUCGAACAUGCCUUUCUCGCGUGCCGUGGCUGAGCAAAAGUUGCGUCUCCAUACGUGUAUUUGUCACAAGACACCAGAAUUUCUCGCCC